CAGCAUUCGUUUCUGACUGCAUUGGCGGACUGCAUCAUCUGUGGUUUGGUUUUGGUUGCGUGUCUGCGGUUGCGCGGCCGCUUCCCCCUCGGAUCAGCUGUCAAAAUAAUAGCCCAAACGUGAAAUUGUUAAUUCAAGUUGUGAAAUAAUUAUGGCGGUGUCGCAUGCAAUAAACUGUGGGGAUAUCGUUCAUCUUAACGUCGGAGGAACAAGGUUUUCCACAUCUCGCCAAACGUUGUCCUGGGUCCCCGACUCAUUUUUCACGGCACUUCUGAGUGGCCGAAUUUCCAGUCUACGAGAUGAGACCGGAGCACUGUUUAUAGACAGAGAUCCAAAAAUAUUUUCAGUCAUUUUGAGUUACCUGAGAACAAGGGAUAUCGAUCUGAAAAAUGCAGAUCUUCGUGCUCUUAGGCACGAGGCUGAAUAUUACGGUAUUGCGCCCUUGGUCAAGCGAUUAAUGCUCUGUGAAGAUUUGUCCCAAUCAUCGUGCGGUGACGUCCUAUUUUAUGGCUACUUGCCGCCGCCAAAUAUUCCUCUGCAAGAGCCAGCCACAGCAAUAACACCUGCUAAUGAUGUUUCUGUUCACGGCAGAACAGGCGGCGUACCUUUGAUUUCCAGAGUCGAGAUUCCUAAUAACCAGCAAUCGGUUAUCGUCACAUCCUGUUCUUCUAAUACUGCUAAUAAUAAUGUGAAUAAUGGAAGUCAACAAAAUCAACGAGCAACUCUUCCAACUCAUGCGCGUAAUUCUUCUCUUGAUUACCGGGUCUCGCAGCGAGGAUUACCCCAUACUCGCACUCCGUCCUUAGAUUUGAGGCACGUUAGAAAUGGAUCUGCGGAUCUCAACAAGAUAUUCAGAAAUGACGUUGGUCUGGUGUUUGGUGGUCAGCAAGUUUCAGCAUGGGUCGAUCCGUUGAGGGUACAAAUUAUAAAAGCCCACCACAACUGGAUAGUCAUUGCUUACGCACACUUUAUAACUUGCUAUCGUUUAAAAGAUUCAUCCGGUUGGCAGCAUGCAUUCACAAGUCCUCAUAUCGAAUCGAUAAUUGAACGAGUAGCAAUAAAUGCUAAAAUGGGUAGCGGCACGGAUGGAAAAAUGGUCGCGAUUUCAUACGGAAGUCAGGUUCGACUCUGGAGCGUCUCGGAGGAAGGGAUAAAGACAAAUAUCGGAACGUUCAAUCUGAACGUUCGUGUUGAAUAUUUAUUCUUCAUUGGUAGCCAGUUGGUUGCCCUCUCUCCGACUGGAAAAAUUGGAGUGUGGCAUGCCAUGACCCACCACUGGCAAAUACAAGACGUUGUGCCAAUAUCGUCUUUCGAUACAGCUGGUUCAUUUCUGUUGCUCGGAUGCAACAAUGGAUCGAUUUACUACAUUGAUAUGCAGAAAUUCCCACUUAGAAUGAAGGACAAUGAUUUACUGGUCACUGAGCUCUACCGUGAUCCCAGUCAUGAUCCCAUUACUGCUAUUUCUGUUUAUCUUACACCAAAGACCAAAGAUUUCCUAUACCUUCUCACAGGUCUGUGUGGGAAUUGGAUUGAAAUUGCUUACGGUACAAAAUCGGGGAGCGUACGCGUUAUCGUACAGCAUCCUGAGACUGUCGGUCAUGGACCUCAACUCUUCCAAACAUUCACUGUCCAUCAGAGUAGCGUUACUAAGGUUACACUGUCAGAAAAGUUUCUGGUAUCUGUGUGCUCUGAAUACAAUCAUGUCAGAAGUUGGGCAGUAACAAGAUUUCGAGGUAUGAUAUCCACACAGCCAGGGUCCACUCCAGAAGCUAGUUUUAAAAUAGUUUCACUCGACGCUGUUGAACCGUGCGUUAGUUACAACGCUGGUAACGAUUUCGGUCCGUUUGGUGAACAGGACGACGAACAAGUAUUUGUGCAAAAGGUUGUCCCGGAAACAGAUCAGCUGUUUGUGAGACUUGCUUCCAAUGGCAAUAGAGUUUGUGUGAUUGAAUCAGUAGACGGUAGUGUUAUAAGUUCGUUCUGUGUCCACGAGUGCGAAGGAUCCAGUCGCAUGGGAUCUAGACCUAGGCGAUUCAUUUUCACCGGGCACUCUAAUGGGGCCAUCCAGAUGUGGGACCUAACUACUGCCUUAGAUUUGUGUUCUAAAAUCGACCAGGUAAAAAAAGUCAACGGAGGCCCGACACCGGAAGAAUUAUGGAAAUUACUUGACCAAUGUGAUUUGAGCAACAGCCACUGUUCGACUCCAUGCAUCAGUCCUUCUCCGUCGCUAAUAUCAGCUGGAACUCGAAUUAAAGCAAGCAAUGUUCUAUUUUUAAAUCAGUCUCAACAUCUAGAACCUCCCAAUGGUUCCAGUCAGCUUACUUGAAUCCAAAUAUCAGGAAAAACACCAGGGAUGGUGAAAGUGUUUGCCAGUCGAACUUAAUCAUUGAAUAGAGAAUUAUAUUUGGCUUGAAAAGAGAAGCCAAAUUGAUUGCCUUUCUAUCAUCACUGUUGCUCAAUCUACAUGAUUCGUGAUUUAAUAUUUCAUUUAUUGACAAUAAGUUAAUCUUAUCUUCAGCUUUGUUCCAAGUUCCUACAGCAUCAAUACAAUUAUCGUUGUGAAGUUAUACUCAAAUUAUAGUUGAUCGUUAACUUAUUGCCAUUUCUAUUACAGUUUUCAAAUUACGGGAACUAAUUCGAACUAGCCUUUGAAAUAUUGAAGAAUCAUUCAUAAUCAAUGUUUUUUUUCCAUCGCAAAACAGUAAACGCAUGAAGUUAUUUAUACUUCCGUGCAACUUGACUCAUCUCGAGCCCGCCGUUAAUUACACGUUAUAUGUAAUACUUUCAUAAAGAUACUUGAUAACUUAACAACCGCACUAUUGAAAGUUUAUUACAACUAAUUUAUAUGGAUAACUAAAACUGUGGAUCUUGAGCUGAAAGAAGGGAAAGAAAAGUACCACAGUGAAACUCUAAUCGUAUGUUUUUCAAAAGAUAUGGCAAUUACAAAUUAUUGUGUAUAAAGCAUACGAGUGACAAACGUAUACACG